AUGCCUCCGACAGGUUUCCGAAACCAAAACAAUAACAAUUUUAACAAUUCUUCUGGAAACGCUAAACACCCUAGUGGUUCCCGUUUCAAUGGUUUUACUACAAAUGGUGUAGGAAAUCAAAAUCAGCGCUUUAACCAUCAGGGAGAUCAACAAAACUCUCGUGCUCAGAAUAAUGUAAACUCGAAUGCUUGUCCUAGUGGAGACACCUGUGGACCUCUCUACAAAUGCGAGCACUUCAAAGCUUUAGACCCUAAGCAACGAAAAGAGCAUGCCCGAAAAAUGCACUUAUGCUUUAACUGUCUAGGGAAUCAUAGGUUUACUGACUGCAAUUCGAAAUCGCUCUGUCGAACCGAUAAUUGUGGUAAAAAACACCACACUCUACUCCACGAUCCUUCUGAUACUUAUGGAAAAAACCCUAGUAAAGCUGCAGUGAAUCGCGCAAUAGCUUGUCAGAGAUCAGAUAGUGGUAGCUGCGUAACUCUACUACUGGACUCAGUGGCAACUCAACUAGGCUUGGACGUCAACAAGAAGCACUCACUUCCCAUAUCUGGAUAUCAUGAGACCAAGUCAGUUCAAGUUACAUCUGUGGAUGUACAAAUUAGACCAUACAAAAGCACAUCGACUCCAAUGACGCUCGAUGACGUACUCACGGUAGAUGAAAAUAAUUUGGCCCCAGUUGAUAUUUUUCAACUAAACGCAAUGUGCAACAAUUUUCCACAUUUAAAGCAUGUUAAAUACCCGGACUUAAACGACAAUAGCAUAUCGCUAGUCAUCGGAAACAACAAUCCAGAAUAUCAUGAGAUCAAAAAUACCGUUUAUGGCCCCAAGAAUGUUCCCUGGGCUAUCGAAACCCUUUUGGGAUGGACAUGCACAGGUCGGAACAAAACGCAAUAUAAUUCCGUUCCAUCUGUUCCGGUGAACUUCACACAAGUUCAUUCACACAAUAACUUAGAUGAAAAAAUUAUACCAGAAAGUUCUCAACUGGAUGAAAAUAGAAAACACAGGCAUCGCUUCUUCAAAACGCUCGCACUCCAAAUCGGAUAA